UGAGCUGACUUGUCAUCUCUUUCUUCGCAUUCUCUGUCUCUCUCUAAACACGAGAAAUGUUUGAACCGACUUCUCAACGGGGGCAAGAAAUAGCAUCUGUCAGCCCAAAACCCUAGAAAAUGCAAAUCCAUAAAUACCCCCCUCACUCAUCCUCCUCUCACCAUACAAAGUAGAAAUGAAAUGAACAAUUCUACUCUACCCUAGAAGAAUAUCAGAAAACAACCAAGCACGCUUAAAAAAGCAAAAUUACUCUCUGAUCGCCUUCUCAGAUUCCUUUCUUUUCCGCUCCAGAGCUCUAAUCCGGUACGUUCCUUACCUUCUCCCCAAAUCCUUCUCUCUCCCUCUUUAUCUCUCUAGAUUAAUCUUCUUGUUUGGCAUCUCUGCUUUCGAAUCUCUCACAAAUGACGCUUUUAUUGACAAGGUUAGGGUUAGGGUUUAUAGUUUUAGCACCGAUCGUUUUUUUAUUGUUCUAUGAGAGAUCUUCCGAUCUUGAUUUCUCCAAUAUAUUUAUGAUACUGAUCGUAUCGAUGGGGUUUUGUGGCGUUUUCAGCAGUUUGUUGCACUAUAUGCUUCCUAGAAAGAGACCGGUCGAAGGAGAGGUUGAGGUUGUAGACGCUGACGACAGUAGUGACAGAGAAAACUUCUUCAAGAAACAUCGAUCCGGUUGUUUGAUUGCUUCAUCCGCCAAAACCACCACCAUGGCCAACGACAACAAGAAGAGCGGCGAAGUCAAUAACAGCAGUGGCAGCAUCAUCGGUAACAGCAACACCACUAAUCACACCGGCGGCAGUAGCGUGCCUUUCGAGGACGGCAAUCCGCAGGACAUCGAUGAGGAUCUGCACAGCCGGCAGCUUGCGGUCUACGGCCGUGAGACGAUGAGGCGGCUUUUCGCAUCAAACAUUCUUAUCUCAGGGAUGCAAGGUCUUGGCGCCGAAAUCGCAAAGAACCUCGUGCUUGCUGGUGUCAAGUCCGUUACAUUGCAUGAUGAAGGAAAAGUGGAGUUGAUGGAUUUGUCCAGCAAUUUCCUCUUCUCAGAGAGUGAUGUUGGAAAGAACAGGGCACUUGCUUCUGUCCAAAAGCUUCAAGAGCUUAACAAUGCUGUGGUCAUUUCUACCUUACCUACAAUAUCGACCAAAGAACAGCUUUCUGGUUUCCAGGCUGUGGUUUUUACUGAUAUCAACUUAGAGAGAGCCAUUGAGUUCAAUGAUUACUGUCAUAGUCAUCAGCCUCCUAUUGCAUUCAUCAAGACUGAAGUUAGAGGCCUUUUUGGUAGUGUGUUCUGUGAUUUUGGCCCUGAGUUUACGGUAUUUGAUGUUGAUGGUGAGGAACCACACACGGGUAUUAUCGCGUCUGUCAGUAAUGACAACCCUGCUCUUGUAUCCGCCGUUGAUGAUGAAAGGCUGGAGUUUCAGGAUGGGGAUCUUGUCGUGUUCUCCGAAAUCCAUGGAAUGACAGAACUUAAUGAUGGAAAACCAAGAAAGAUAGUUAGUGCAAGGCCCUACUCUUUCACUCUUGAUGAGGACACCACAAAAUUUGGCAUGUAUGAGAAAGGUGGUAUUGUCACACAGGUUAAACAACCCAAAAUUUUGAACUUUAAGCCAUUGAGAGAAGCACUCAGUGAUCCUGGCGACUUUCUUCUUAGUGAUUUCUCCAAGUUUGACCGGCCACCUCUCUUGCAUGUGGCAUUCCAAGCAUUGGAUAAGUUUAUAUCUGAAUUGGGACGCUUCCCUGUUGCUGGUUCUGAAGAUGAUGCUCAGAAGUUGAUAUCUAUAGCAAGUAACUUUAAUGAGAGCUUGGGAGAUGGCAAACUGGAAGAUAUAAACCCCAAACUUUUGCGGCACUUUGCCUUUGGUUCCCGGGCAGUUCUGAAUCCCAUGGCUGCAAUGUUCGGUGGUAUUGUAGGGCAGGAGGUUAUGAAGGCAUGCUCUGGAAAGUUCCAUCCACUCUUUCAGUUCUUCUACUUUGACUCAAUCGAGUCACUUCCUACGGAACCACUGGAACCCAAUGAGUUCAGACCAUUGAAUAGCCGCUAUGAUGCACAGAUUUCAGUUUUUGGGUCCCAACUCCAGAAGAAACUGGAGGAUGCUCAAGUGUUUGUUGUUGGUUCUGGUGCACUAGGUUGUGAGUUCUUGAAGAAUUUAGCUUUGAUGGGAGUUUCAUGCAAUGGCCAGGGGAAGCUAACAAUCACUGAUGAUGAUGUUAUUGAAAAGAGCAACCUCAGUAGGCAGUUCCUCUUUCGUGAUUGGAACAUUGGGCAGGCCAAAUCCACGGUUGCUGCUUCUGCUGCUACAGCUAUAAAUUCUCGUCUCCAUAUCGAAGCUUUGCAAAAUCGUGUUGGCCCUGAAACUGAAAAUGUGUUUGAUGAUGCCUUCUGGGAGAAUCUUGGUGUUGUUAUAAAUGCCCUGGACAAUGUCAAUGCCAGGCUGUAUGUUGAUCAGAGAUGCUUGUAUUUCCAGAAGCCACUUCUUGAGUCAGGAACCCUUGGUGCCAAGUGCAACACUCAAAUGGUCAUUCCUCACCUGACGGAGAACUAUGGUGCCUCAAGAGAUCCGCCAGAGAAACAAGCACCCAUGUGCACUGUGCACUCAUUUCCCCACAACAUUGACCACUGCUUGACAUGGGCUCGAUCAGAAUUUGAGGGCUUGCUUGAAAAAGUACCAGCUGAAGUGAAUGCAUAUCUUUCCAAUCCAAGUGAAUAUACAUCUGCGAUGAGGAAUGCGGGUGAUGCUCAGGCCAGGGAAAAUUUGGAACGUGUUAUUGAGUGCCUCGACAAAGAAAGAUGUGAAACAUUCCAGGACUGCAUUACCUGGGCCCGUAUAAGGUUUGAAGACUACUUUGCCAACCGUGUGAAGCAGUUGAUAUUUACUUUUCCUGAAGAUGCUGCGACCAGUACUGGGGCUCCAUUUUGGUCAGCCCCCAAACGCUUCCCCCGUCCAUUGCAAUUCACUACAGGUGAUUCCAGUCAUCUCCAUUGUAUUAUGGCAGGUUCCAUACUUCGGGCAGAGACAUUUGGCAUCCCAAUUCCUGACUGGGCCAAGAACCCUAAGAUGUGGGCUGAAGCUGUCGAUAAAGUGAUGGUCCCUGAAUUCCAACCAAGGGAAGGCGUUAAAAUUGUGACUGACGAAAAGGCUACCAGCCUUUCGGCUGCAUCUAUAGAUGAUGCAGCAGUCAUCAAAGAACUUAUCAUGAAGCUAGAGCAGUGUCGGAAGAAUCUGCCGUCAGGGUUCAUGAUGAAGCCAAUUCAGUUUGAGAAGGAUGACGAUACAAACUAUCAUAUGGACCUGAUAGCUGGGCUUGCUAACAUGAGGGCCAGGAAUUAUAGUAUUCCUGAAGUAGAUAAGCUGAAAGCCAAAUUUAUUGCUGGAAGGAUUAUCCCUGCCAUUGCAACAGCUACAGCAAUGGCCACAGGUCUGGUCUGCCUGGAGUUGUACAAGGUUCUGAAUGGGGGUCACAAACUGGAGGACUACCGAAACACAUUUGCCAACCUAGCACUUCCUCUGUUCUCGAUGGCUGAGCCUGUUCCACCCAAAAUUAUCAAGCACCGGGAUAUGAGCUGGACUGUGUGGGAUAGAUGGAUUGUUAAAGACAAUCCUACAUUGAGGGAUCUUCUCCAAUGGCUUCAAAAGAAGGGGUUAAAUGCCUAUAGUAUUUCAUGCGGAAGUUGCCUGCUCUACAAUAGCAUGUUCCCUCGGCACAAAGAUCGGAUGGACAAGAAGGUGGUUGAUUUGGCUAGGGAAGUGGCAAAGGUUGAACUGCCACCAUACCGUCACCACUUGGAUCUUGUUGUGGCAUGUGAGGAUGAUGAAGAUAAUGACAUUGACAUACCUCAGAUGUCCAUUUACUUCCGUUAGCUUUUAUGGAGCAUCUUUAUAGCUUUGUUAACAGAGGCUUUACGACAGUAACACUUCGUUUGCAUGGUCUUUUGAUUAUGCUGUUCGGUCCAUUAUGAGCCACACAAAUGGAUAUUUUUCAUAUCAAUAUUACAUUUCAUAGAUGUCGUAUUUCUAUUUCAUUACAAUGCUUUCGAGUACAUGCAGAUUUCUAUUGUUGCAUUAAGCAUAUACUACCUUGUUUGAUAAAAGUACCAUGUUUAAACAACUGUGUGUGGAACUUGUAGAUGGUAUAUUAUUUGUAUCUCAUCUUGGCUUGAAUUGUCAAAUCUUAUUGCAAGAA